AUGGACACGAGCCAAUGUCACUGCGCGACAAUGUUUCCAUCUCGAGUUUUGGUAAUGUUGGUGCUACUCGAGACUGUAACAUUUCGCGGUACUCAAUCAAAUACGUUACCUAGUAGCGGUUUAGGAUUACUGGACGAUGCCGACUCGCAGGAAUAUCUGCUGGCGGAAAGUCAUUUGAACUCAAAUAAGACCGAGAUGGAGAAGACACAAGAUAAGCUGUCUCCUUUGAACGCAACAACAGAAUCGUCUCACUCCUCACUUACAAGUAGGUAUUUGUAGUAGCCCUAGUUUAGCCUAGGCAACUUCAAUGGAACUGUCAUAAAAUGUAAUUUCAGUCCUUGCCUGGGCACUCUCAAAUUCACCCAAAAUGACCCUAAAUUGUAGGCCUAUCCUACAGUAGGGUUAAACCUCCUCUCUCAAUACUGGAGCCUAGCAUGCAUGCCAAUUACAAUUGUUUAUCUGAUACCUUUACUUUCUAAAAACGUACAAGACGUUUCUAAUGAAUUCGGGUGUAGGCCCGACCAGGACUCGAACCCUGGCCCAGUGACUGUCAAGCCCAACAACUAUCUACCUCGUGAAGAGGUUCGGACCUUUUCGCUUAACUGUUAAGUUGUUGGCUUGACAGUCGCUGGACACGUUCGAGUCCCGGUUGGGGCAAAUUCUCUAGAACGAUGUUGGUGGCUUAUGGUAGAGAAAUGAGCAUUCAAUUCUCUGGUGGCAUUCCUGAGGUCAGCAUGCCAAUUGCCUUCAACUUGUGACAUCUGUGGCAUUGUGUUGUGUGACACAACUGCACAUUUUAGAGUGGCCUUUUAUUGUCCCCAGCACAAGGUGUACCUGUGUAAUGAUCAUGCUGUUUAAUCAGCUUCUUGAUAUCUUGGCAAAGGAGAAACGCUCACUAACAGGGAUGUAAACACAUUUGUGCACACAAUUUGAGAGAAAUAAGCUUUUUGUGCGUAUGGAACAUUUCGGGAAUCUUUUAUUUCCCGCUCAUGAAACAUGGGACCAACACUUUACAUGUUGCAUUUUAUAUUUUUGUUCAGUAGGUAGGCUAUUGUAAAAUGGGCACUGGGAGGUGGUCUGCUGCUUUUUAGUCCUGGAGACACCUGCCAGCCAGCCAGUCAUCUACAAUUAACCUACUACAGGCUCUGGACAACAGCUGUACUAGGAAUGGACAGGGGACACAGAGCCUCUUGUACUGAUGUUAAUGCAGCUGUGUCUGUUUUAUGUGUGUGUGUGAAGAAAGGAGUCAGAAGAUAUGCCGGCUGAGAAAGAGCAUGAGCUGUUAUAAGCACAUCCGUCAUCACUGAUUGGUUUGUGCAAUUAGCUUGAAUUGUCCAUGCUUAGUUUAGAUUGUGAUGCUGAUCUUUUUUCCUGGCAUAUUGAAACCAUUUAAUGAAAACUGUAGGUUUCCUGCAUUUCCUAACCUAAGCCUGUAUACCAAGUUAGUUUUUCCUUACUACUAAGGGAUAUCCGUCUGGGAUAUGGCUGACUUUAUCUUAACAUUAGCAUUGCCCAAUGGGGAAGGGGGUUCACGGACUACUAGAAUGUAACUUUUAGGGUCACUACUAGCACUAACAAAAUAGUUUCUCCAUCCCCUGAUGUUAGAGUAUCAAACUGAUAAGAUUUUCCUAUGAAUCCCAUCUCUCUCUGUCCCUAGGUUCAGAGCACCACCACGGCAAGCCACUGGAGAGGACCAGGCCCUUUGUGGUAGUAAACGGACACAAGAGAAGUCUGAGUGAGGCCUUGCAGGUGAGACUACAUACAUCAAGAGAAUGUGUGUGAGAGACUAUCGUUUUACACAGAGCCAUACACAAACAUUAUAUUGCACUGAUCCUACUUCCAUUAUGUGCUUUCUAUUUCCAUGCUUACAUGUUAGCAUUCUUCAUUCAGUGAUCCCAGAGCGCUUUUAUAAAGUGGGCUUUAUUUUUUUAGAUAGUGUCAGAGGUUAAUAGCCAUUCUAUUUUUACAGGUCCCAUAGGAACUCAAAUUUUAAACUGUAGUUUUAUGUCUCAAACUAACAUCAAACCCACACCUGGUUAUUCCAAUUCCGAUGUGCGGCUCACAUUUUUUCCAUUCGAAGGUCGUCCAUGUUACGAUGUUCUCCUCUCUGGGUGGAGUCAGUGUUAUGGGGGAAUUCUUCAGGAUAUGAUUUCAGACCUCCUGUCAGCUGCACAGGAAGUGUCCGUCCCCUUAAAGUGCCCCCCCCCCCACCUUCUUCAGAUCAUAGUUUUUAUUCAGGAAGCUUCCUGUAAAAUAUGUCAAGGCGCCUACUUCCUUCCUCUGUUAUAUUACCACAAAAAAGGAAGCCAGACAGCAGACCCCCCCCCUUUUCCACACAGACACACGGACAGAGAGAGAGGAAAGUAGAGAAUAAGAGCAUGACAGGGCUACAUUUUGGCACAUUCACUUUUUAAGCCAGCUACUGGAUCAGAAUGUUAACUUUCAAAAGGUUGAAUCCCAUUGGCAAAACAGUCUCCAUCAGGCACCAAGAUGUUUGUUUGCUGGUUGCAAAGCCAACCAGGGCACUGCACUGUCAUACAAAUAACACAGUUGAGUGGGCCUCAUUGGCUACGACUCAGCAGAGAGUCACUCCUAAUUCCUACAUUAUUGUGUGGUUUAUCCUCUGAAUCACUCCAGUCAUUGAUGAAUGAGUAGCCAUUUUUCACUUGUCCUGAGGUUACUGCACCCACAGCCUACUGCUCAUACUGACGAACAUAACACCAGUGAUUCACGUACUCACUCAAAAUACACGCAAUGUGUAACCAUGGCAAUCGGGAGCUUGUUUGUCAGAAAUGUGGGGAUGGUGCCAUAUGGGAGGGGUGUGACUGUGUAUGGCUGCAUCUGUGAUACAAACUUAGUCCGUCCACCCUCAUCAACAUCCUCCCAUCCCCUGAACAAUGUAAUUCUUGUAACGUUCCAUUUCCCAGUCCAGAGAAUGCAACUUCAUCACGUUAAGUGUAGAUCUUUAUUUGUCUAGCAAAGCAUGAUUAGCUAUAGAUAAGACAAUCAUAAAUGUUCUCUCGAGGCAAAAAGAUCUGAGGGUAUAUUCUUUGCAUAUCACUAGUUAGUUCAAAAUAACUACGAUUUUCUUUUGAUGAAAUGCAUGUAACUCCCAGCCCAAUUAGGAUCUCAGAUUGAUUAUAUGUGUGUUAGAUAUUAAAGAAGAAAACAUGCCAGUGACCACAGUUUCAUUUCUUAUGGUGGACCAGGCGACUUGUGUCCUCUUGGGAGAGGCACUUGAGUUGGCCUGAAUAGCUUCUGUCAACAUUGAACCAUGAAUAGAUCUACUUUGUCAAACACACUUUUAGACAGUUGCCACAUUAAGAAGAAAAUAAAGACGUGGGAAAUACUUUAUCAGUUUACAGGUAACCCUUUAUUUCUGAGUUGUGUUCUGCUGCUCAGUGCUCACCUCUCUGGUGCCUGCUAUUAUUAGCCUCCACACUGUGUCUCUGAUGAGGAGUCUAAAUUCAGUCCCAAACCAACUUGGCUUUGAAUGGAUUUGUGACUGGGACACACACAGGGAGCUCUGAUGUGUAAGGCGUGCAGCAGGGAGCUUCACCUUAAUACAGUUUACGGAGGGGAUCUCAGCUAAUUCAGGGCCUGAUCGCUCUGUGUUGACAGUAAGCAUUUCUGCCAUCCCAACCCCUUACCCUACCAUUAAGAUGGCCGUGUGUGAUGGGGGGGCAUUAUUGUCUUACACCCAAAGCAUGGUAAGACUGAUUCUUUACAUGAGGGGGGCGCCUCUUAUCAACUUAAGAAGGUGUCUGUAGGGAAAGUGUUUCACUAGGGUGUGUGGUGGAUUGAGCCGGAUUAAGAAUGGUCUUAAGUUAAUCCCCAACCAGGGGUCCUGUUUAUAUAACCAGAUCAUUAAUUAUACCCCAAAAGUAAUUGAAAUCACUGAGUACUUCUCUGAGCCCAAGUGAAGGUAAUGCCAGUAGGCAGGCUACUAGUUAAAUGGGUGAGGUAAGUUCUGGAUAUCCAUGCGCAGCAGUAAAGAAACAGUCAGAGGCAGACAUGAGUUCCAGUGAUAUUAAUCAGUCAAGUGCUAGGGAAGAGGAGAAGAGCCAGUAAACACCACAUUCCCUUUGGGACUGGAGUUGAAUGCGACGCUCCUCUACCUCGUGUUGCCCAUUGUACAUUAAUUAACUUGGCUGUUAUUGUAAUGCAAAGGGAUACACUAAGUCAUGAACUAACCCAGAGCUUUCCCCCAGAUAGUGGACAGGCACACUCCACUGACAUGUCCAGACUUGAUCCAGGGCUGCUCUGGGUCAGACUAAAUAACAGAGAAGCACUACAGGGACUGAGGAAGACAGACCGACAUCCCAGGAGCUGACUGAUUGUAUUUCCCUCCCUCGUACUUCCGUUGAGCUGAAAGAGCUGGAGAGGAAUCACGACUCGCCCUGUCCCUCCCUCUCUCCCUUCCUCCAUUACACCCCCUCCGCCCCUUUUCCCCUCUCCUCCUCCCUGGUUUCUUUCUUCUGCUGUGGGUCACAAGCAGCUCUGGACCCCACCCAGCAUUCAUAAGGCGUUGAGCUCAUCUUGUUACUGGCAGGAGAUCACGGCCUGGGACAUUACCUCACUGAAGGAGAGGGGGCAAAUAAGAGGAGGAAGGUAGAGAGUGGGGGAAGGAGAGGUAAUGGCAGCAGAGAUGGAGUGGACAUGGUUGUCGAUAGGAUAAAGAGUGACAGAGAGAGGUGUAAGAAGCCAGUGAGCGUGAAACGAGAGACCAGUUGCGAGUGUGAGUUAAGGGUUCAGAAAGAGGAAGAGGGGGGAGAGAAGAGAUAAGGUAGAGAUGAGGAGAGAAAUGGAAGAGAAAUUGUAAUGAAGCUCAAAGAAGAAUGACAAACAAAGCUUGGAGAGGGUGGGUGUUUCUUGGCUGAGCUCCAGAUAUUUGGGUGUGAUCCUGUACUAGAGCCCUGAACAGAUGUAGCUCUGGAAGGAGCUCUGUUUCUACUCUGACCUCUCACCCCAAAACCACAAUCCAAGGCAGCUGGCCAAAAGCUGCAGAUGUUUGAGAGAAUGUGUGCAUCUCUUUCUCUCCCUUUUUUCUUCUCUUUGGUCACAUAACUGACAUGACUGUAGAUUGCUUGUUUUUUUGCCUUGUCGUGUGGCGCCAGAUCUCCAUCCAAUGUGCCUGGAGUCUUUGUUGGUCACCCAUUGGACUCUCAGUACAAAAACACAGACCCACCCAAUGUAACUCAGUCACACUCUCCUUACAUACUUUGGUGAAUUACCUCACCAAAGCCCUCUGAUUAUAAUAAAGACUAUAGAAACUAGAAAUAGACCGAGUUUUUCAUUCAAAUGUAUUGGAAAUCCCCCUCAAUUAUCAGCUUCUACUUCUGGGAUUCUUCUUGGAUUAUGAUAUUCUUGGAUAUGGAACCAGUUAAAUUGUUUACAUAUCCAAUGAAUGGAGAAUGCUGGAUUCCAGUGUGAAUAGUUAUGUUAUUACUAAUAGCCUCUUAGAGCCUAUGGUACAGGGACACAGUUGUGUGUGUCAAAUGAACCAUGAUGUUGUUAAAGUAUUUCUGGGACUGUGGACAGUAGAAAACUUCAGAGUGAAUUGGGUGUCAGUUGUUGUUGGACUUGGGUACCCGGCAGUGACAUUAUCCAGCAUGAUUUUACCGGUCAACAGAAGAGGUAGUCUCUCGGGUUCCUCAUAGUCACUAACUGCUACUUGGAACUGAACAGACCUCUCUGGCAUACUGUCACCACCCUAUUACCUUACUGCCUGUGCUCCUAGUCUUAGUCCCAUUUCCAAGCCUGAUCCUCUGCCAAUUCCUGUCAGUUAGCUGGAGAGGAGAAAGCGAGGAAGUAGCACUCUGCGGUGGGGAAGGAGGGAAGCUCCAACAGGAAGGGUUUCACUUACUCGCUGUCUUCAAAGGUGGAGCCGCUAAACGGGCUAGAAAGCGACAGAAUGGCAGGAAGAGAGAGGGUGUUGAGAUGGAAGCGUAGGGGAAACUGACAUGAAAAGAGGGAGAGGACGCAAUUUACCCACCGCCGCCUUGGCAUUUGGUGAGAGAAAUGUGCAGCAGGCAAAGGAAGUCCAUUUAUAGCCUGGUCCUUGGUGCCUAUGAGGGGUAAUCCUGGCUGACAGUCUGUACACUGAUUCAGCUCAUUUGGGCUCUAGUAUUGUGCUUAGGUGUCAGUGCCAAUCAAGGACUGGGUGCUGCCCGCAUUUAGAGACUUUGGGUUUAUUUUAGAGAGCAUGCAGGUGUAUACGUUGACAGGUAUUGCUAAGGGGAGGCUUUAUAACUCUAAUCUUAUUUCAUGUCUGCUGAGUGGUUUGAUGGGAUGAGUAUUGAUUGGCUGAAGGGAUUAAUAGUAUAUAGUGUUAACCAAUUUGAGCGUUGCGUAAUAAUGGAACUUUAGUGAGGAGAAAGGAUGAGAGCUCCAUGGCCGUCUACUACAUCUGAAAUGUUGUCCAUCAGCCUCUAAAGGAGAGAGGUCAUUGUGUACAUAACAGCCUCAAUCCUUUAACCUUCCCCAGGUUAAUAAGAAAGACCACAUGGUGGUCCUGUAUAUUACUGCUGUUUCACUAAGAAGAUUGUCCCUUUGCCCCGUUUGCCACUUCAAGCUGCUCUUGGCUGCAUUCGCUCAUUAAGGCACUCAUCACGCGCUAAUCAUGAAUACACCAUGUUGCAACAUUGAGCAAUUACAAUAACAACAACAGCUAACAAAGUAAUUGCUGGAAAAUUGUUAGUUGGACAAUGAGUCAAGAAAAAGCAUGAACAUAAUUAUGGUUAAUUUGGCCACACAGGGUCAUUGCUCCCUUUUAGCACAACAGUGUCCAACCAGGUUUUAGUAAUACAGUUAAAUUAUCCACUGACUUAUGAGGAUAAAAAUCACAGUACACAUUCAUUAUCAUGUGUAUGUUUCUUUCCCAUUCCCAGAACGGUCACCCAGACAAGCUACAGUGUGGUCUUCAAUUUGGAGGCAGCAUCUAUAUUUUGGACCUGGAGAAAAACCAGUAAGCUCACCUAACAAAAUAGAAUACAUUUUGAAAUAUCAUAUAUUUUAAUCUUAGGCUUUAGCUAUCUGAAUGGGGAGUUGUGAUGCAGGAAUGCCCCAACCUUUGCCAUCGUUUAGUUAAGACUUCAUAGUUUCAGAAAGGGGUUUAUCAUCAGCAAUAAAACAUAGUCUGAAUGAAUCUACAGUAAUCCUGUCCUCUCCCUGCAGUGAUCUCCUGCCCAAGCCCCCCAAUGUCUUCUACUACCUCCCUAAUGGCACCGGGGUUUCUUUAGAGGAGAGCACAGUGGUAAGUAUUGGAUCUACAUUUAACAUCACUGCAUUUUAGUUACUAUACCACAAAUGUGUUGUCAAAUGUUCUGGUUGUUAUAGGUAGGAUUAUUCUAGGGAUAGUUAUGAAAUCGGCAAGUUAGUUCAUAUGAGCUUGGAUAAUAAUGUCAUUAUAUGAUGUAUUAUGUUGUCUCCUAGACUCACUGCUACUACCACGGCUCAGUGAGGGGCUUCCCACAGUCCAGGGUGGCUCUCAGUACCUGCUCUGGACUCAGGUAAUAAUAUCAACUUGACUAUGACCUUACGCAUAUGCAUUUCAUUCUCUGUUAUGUAACGGUUAAUGCAUUUAAAACAGUAAACUGAUCUAAACAGGGGUCAGCCUUAUCCCACUUAAUCGCCCCCCUCAGGUAAACCCUUUGUGGUGCACUAUAUGGGAAACCUAUUAUUAUAAAUGGGAAGUCUUUACAAAGGGCACUUCACCUUUUCCUGCAGUACGGGCAACGUCAUGGUUACGUGAGCGUCAUGGUUAUGUGAGUAGGGCGGAGUGAUCGACCGUGAGGUGGCUUUAAUCCAAUCCAGAUUAAUCAGAAAGAUCUUUGACCUCCUAAAGCAUACUAAUCCCCCGAUUUGAGAAAGGACCAGUGUUUUAAUCUGGGGUCCUUCGGCUGGCUUGGAUACUUUAGGGAUAUCCAAAUAAACUUGGUGAAAAUCCUCUUGACCUUUAUUUAGAGUUGGAUUCAAGAGCUCUUUACUCGCGUGGGCAGACCGUGUGGCCAUAUACUCGGUUUAGGGUCAUGUUUAUGUAGCGAAGGUAAUCUGAUUGCUAGCAGAGCCUUGCACAAUGUCCUCACCUGAAGUAACUGUAUUUACUUGGAACUUGGAUGCCAUUUUGUGUCCCUGUUGACUCCCUGUUGAGUGAGUCCCUGUUUAUUCCCCUCUCCCUCAGGGGCGUGGUGGCCAUCAACUCCACCCUGAGCUUUGAGUUGCAGCCCGACGAAGACCACAAGGACGAGGAGGGGGCAGAGGAGAGUGGAGGGGAGGAGGAGGAGGGGAUGCACCUGCUCUACUCCACCAGACCUCUGGAGAGGGCUAGUGUUGGGGGCUGUGGGGUGUCCCAUACGCCUGUACCCCCCAUCCACGUCCCACCACAAGUCCCACACAGGGUGAGAGGGGCUUGAAGCACAAUCAAAUGUUUGUUUAUCCUGGGAUUGGAACUACUGAUGGUUUUUGCCACUGCUGGAAAUACCAUACUGACUUCCCUGAACUGUCGACAACAUACUGUACAUUGGCCCUAAUGUAUUUUGUUUUCACUUUGCUUUUUUUUGCAGAGUAAGAGGGACAUUCUCUCAGAGACCAAGUACAUAGAGCUUGUGCUUGUAGCUGAUCACAAAGAGGUAAUGUACGAUAAGGCUAAUGUACGACAAUGACCCAUAGUGUAAGCAAGGCACUGACAUAGCUGCACUUUGAAGAGACCCCAGUACAUUUAGACCAAUCCCAUCAUGUUCGGUCUCUGUUGUCCUAACCAAUAACUGUUAUUUUUACAGUACCUUAACUACCAGAAAAUCAACAAGACUAUCAUCUAUCGAAUGCUGGAUGUGGCCAACCAAGUAGAUUGGGUAUGUAACCUAACAUUAAAGUGGCACUCCAGUCUCCUUUUCACCUCAUUUAACACCUGAUUUACUUAACAAAAGCCACAUCUCAAUAAGUGGUCCAGGUAAGUCAUGACAUGACACAAGUGGGGGGGGCUUUCCCCUCCUUUUGUCUAUUGCUCCUCUAUUGUUCCUCAAGCAAGCGGGAGGCCGACGAUAUCACGGAUUCCCAACAGACCAACUCCUUGAAUGCCCUACUCCUUGAAGUUUGCAGGUGUCUAAAAAACAUCAUUUAGCUAAAAAAUGUUUUCACCCUUUAGUGUGUGUACUUUACUGUAUUUAUACUUGGGAUAUCGCUUUUCAACAGUAAAAGUCAAACAAAUCGCUGGAGGGUGUCUUUAAGUAUUUACCAUAUACACCCAGUUUUGAGGUACAGCACCCCGUUCACAAAAAUGGUUCGCUCCUACAGACAGUGAGUCACGUGGCUGUGGCUUGCUAUAUAAAGCAGACAGACUGGCAUUGAGGCAUUCAGUUACUGUUCGACCACACCGGGUUCUACUCCUAUCAGCUAAAAACAAGAAGAAGUGGCUCCAGUGGGCACGCAUUCACCAACACUGGACAAUUGAGGAGUGUAAAAACAUUGCCUGGUCCAAGGAAUCCCGGUUCCUGUUGCGUCAUACUGAUGGCAGAGUCAGGAUUUGGCGUAGGCAGCAUGAGUCCAUGGCCCCAUCCUGCCUAGUGUCAACGGGACAGGCUGGUGGUGUAAUGGUGUGGGGAACGUUUUCCUAGCACACAUUAGGUCCAUUGAUACCAAUUGAGCAACGUUUCCAUGCCCCAAAUAAUUCAUGCUGUUCUGGAGGCAAAGGGGGAUCCGACCCGGUACUAGAUGGGUUUACCUAAUAAACUGGCUGUAUAUUUGUAUUAGAUUUUCAUUGGUUUGUCAUGGUGGUCCUCAUCUACCCCUCUCUAGUUCUACCGGCCGCUGAGUGUGCGCGUGGCUCUGACUGGGCUGGAGAUCUGGAGUGACCAGGAUAAGAUCCAGGUUGACAAGAGUCCCACAGACACCCUCAACCGCUUCCUGGAGUGGCGCACCAGAGAGCUGCUGCCCCGCCUGCGCCACGACAAUGCUCAGCUGGUCAUGUGAGUAGUCAAAUGGACUUGGUUGAAGUUAAUCGGUGCCUUUCUCACACCUGUACGUUAUGGAAGCAGAUUCAUCCCAAAUACAUGUAUAUACCAAUAGUUUGUUUUGGCAUGAAUCUGCUUCCAUAGUGGAUGGCCUCUUUGUGAAAAUAGACUAACUAUAACUGAAUGUGUUUGUGAUCUCUUCCAGGGGGGACUCAUUUGACGGAACGACAGUGGGAAUGGCAUCUCAGUCUUCCAUGUGCUCCAAGGACCGGUCAGGAGGGGUCAAUGUGGUGAGUUAGUUAGCUUCAGUUAGGUUUAUCAGUGGAGUACAGGGGUAACUGCCUCACAAUGACAGUAUGAGUCUGUGGUAAUUGACUCUGUGUGUGUGUGUGUGUCUCUCUCCCUCUCCCUCUCUCCCUCUCUGUGGGCAGGAUCACCUGGUCAGUGUGCUGGGGGUGGCGUCCACCAUUGCCCAUGAGCUCGGGCACAAUCUGGGCAUGAGUCACGACACAGCCGACCGCCGCUGCCAGUGUCAGAACGAACCACGCAUGGGAGGCUGCAUCAUGGAGCCAUCUACUGGGUGAGGGGCUAGGGGGCUAUGGUGGGCCAGGCCAUGCAAAGUCAUUGAUACAAUACAGAAAGGAUCAGUUCUGUACAGCUGUGAUCCUCACCUGCCUUGUAUUAUGUUAGUUUUUAGGCACUUCAUUUGAAUGCACUUGUAAAAAGCUCUGAAUAAGAGCGUCCACUAAAUGUCUUGUUCUCUUUGCCCCUCUGUCCCAGGUUCAUGCCAGGCCAGCUGUUCAGCAGCUGCAGUGCCAGAGACCUGUCCCUCAGCCUGCUACAUGGUGGGGGGAUGUGCCUCUUCAACGUGCCCCAGCCUGAGAAACUGCUGGGGGGGCCACGCUGUGGAAACCUCUACGUGGAGAAGGGAGAGGAGUGUGACUGCGGCCUGCUGGAUGUACGUAGGACAGUAAAUUGGAUCCUCUUAGGGAGCACAGCAUGGCUCACCAUAGAUGCAGGUUGAAGUUUAUUGGUAUGAAUCUUGUCCUGGAGGCAGCACUGAGCGGGUUCCUCUAGAUGGGCCAGCCGUUAAGUCAAAAUUGGCUAUAUCAUACAACAUUUAUGAAAAAAAUUAAGUGCUUUUUGGUCUUAAUAUAUGGUUAGGCAUAAGGUUAGCAAGGUUUGGGUUAGGUUUAAAAUCUGAUUUUAUGUAUGUGACUCUGCCAGCUACUGACCACCCUGCAGAGCUGCCUCCAGGACAAGAGUCAUCCCAAUGAAUGCCAACCUGCCACCAUAGAUGAUAAUUCAAUGAACAGACUAAGGCUUUAUGAUUUAGGGCAGGGGACCCUCAUCAUACUAACGUAUGAUGGGGGUCCCUGGGUCGCCAGUUUGCCUGGGAGGGGGUCCCUGGGAAAGAAAAGGUUGAACUCCUAAUUUUAGGGUUUAGGAUUAAUUGUAUCACAAUGAAUUAUGUAUACAAGUGUCUCUGUCGCUCUGCAUGUCCAGGAGUGUAACGAUCCCUGCUGCAACGCCACCACCUGUAAACUGGUUCCUGGGGCCCAGUGUUCCUCCGAUGGCACCUGUUGUGACAACUGCAAGGUGGGCAAGCCUCUUCCUCUGUCUCCUUCACUGGACCCUUACUGACACACACACACACUCACUCAAUCAACCCCAUCACUGAACACUCUACUGAACACCUACAUUUAAAUCAGCUCAGUUCGUUAGUCUCAUAUUUAUUAUAGCUAAUUAUAUGUUAUAACUCUGAUUUAAAUUUUAAUUUAAUGUAAUAUCUUAUGUUGUUCUUGUCUAUUACUGUUCUAUAUUUUGUCAUGCAUUUUUACGUUUUAUGUGGACCCCAGGAAGAGUAGCUGCUGCAUGUGCAAUAGCUAAUGGUGAUCCUAAUAAACUAAACUAUUACAUGAUCUAUCACAAGAAGCUAAACAAAGGUCCAAAGCAUAAACCCCUUCACUAAUCUACUGUCUAUUUUCUCUCUUUGACCAGCUGCGUACAGGUGGAUGGGUGUGUCGACAGCCCCUGGGGGAGUGUGACCUCCCAGAACACUGCACUGGUACCUCUCCCUACUGCCCCCCCAACGUGUUCCUGCAGAACGGCGAGCCCUGCGAGGAAGGCUCCUCCUACUGCUACAGCGGCGUCUGCGCCAGCCUCAACACACAGUGCCAGAUGUUGUGGGGACCUAGUGAGUUACACUGUUUGUCAUAUUGUCUGGACCCAAUAACAAUUGGGAUUGAUACCACUGUUGGGAGCUAGUGGCUAGUUAUUUUGACUUGUUUCAUUGAUCAAGUACUGUAGAACCUCAAGAGAUCCGAACCCCAGAGUUCUGGACUGUCUGGUCAGCGGAACUGGAACUUUUUGAAAAAGCAACAGAGAAUACUUCCCUAGACAAAGGAUUCCUAUAUAUAAAUAAUAUAAUAAUAAUAAUAAAUAAUAUGCCAUUUAGCAGACGCUUUUAUCCAAAGUGACUUACAGUCAUGCGUGCAUACAUUUUUUUUUUGUAUGGGUGGUCCCGGGGAUCGAACCCACUACCUUGGCGUUACAAGCGCCGUGCUCUACCAGCUGAGCUACAGAGGACCACUAGUGUUUGAUUGAAGAAACUGUUUUGGCGAGUUAUUAUAUCAUAUCAAAUCUUCAUAUGCCAUAUGUUGCAGAGUUGGAGAAUUGAGAAUGGCUCAUAAACUCAGGAGGCGGUGUUACUUUUACUGUAGAAUCUUUGAGACAUUUAUGGUUGUUUAAACUCCCUUUUUUCUUUUCAGAUUCCACCAGGGCUCCGCCGGUCUGCUUUUCCUCCGUCAACAAACAGGGCAACAAAUACGGCAACUGUGGCCAGAUGGCCAACGGAACCUACAUCCCGUGCCCUAGCAAGUAGGUACCACGUUCAUUAGGGCACAUCGUAGCAAAACGUUUUGCAACAGAUAACAAAAUAAGCAUAUUUUAUUGGACAAGUUCAUGUAGUCCCGCCCUGUUUCAGUCCUUUUUCUUCCAUUUCGUGCCUAAUGAACAAUUCCAUAUGUCUGACUGUGUCUGACUUUUCAGAGAUGUGCAUUGUGGGAGGCUCCAGUGCCAGGGAGGCAACGACCGUCCGUUGCUAGGCACCAGUGCUGAGAUCCUGACCACCAAAGUCAAAUUUAACUACAGCGACUUUGUCUGCCGGGGAACCUACUUCCACCUUGGCGACGACGUCUCCGACCCUGCCAUGGUGGCACAGGGCACCGCGUGUGGUCUUGGCAAGGUAGGCAUCUCCUCAGCUAUAGAAGUACAAUGCAGAAUACUUUUGUUUUUGUGGAACGGGUAAUUUGACCCUUUGGAAUAGGGAUAUAGGAGAUAUUUUCUCUGUUAUCUGAGCUUACAUAAAUAUCUAAAAUGAUGAUUGGUAUUACUGACCAUGUUGUGGUUGUGUUUCAGGCAUGUUGGAACCAGCGUUGUCAGGAUGUGUCUUUGUUCGGCGUCGACGAAUGUCAGAGCAAAUGCAACGGCCACGGGGUGAGCAAGCCAGCUGCCAGUCUACCCUUAUAGGAGUUACAUUGUAUUGCUCACAAUGGACUGGCUCAUACUGUUGUUGAUGUUAAAUGAAUAAUAUGGCUCAAUAUCCUCUCUCUGACAUUGCCAGGUGUGCAACAGCAAUAAGAACUGCCACUGUGACGUGGGUUGGGCUCCUCCAGACUGUAGGUACACAGGCCAUGGAGGUAGUGUGGACAGCGGCCCUGCUAGAGCACCUAGAGGUACCUCACCCUCCCUCACCCUUCCACUGUUAACACACAAUUUGACUGCACUCAUAGAUAUACACUCCUCAUCUUAAUCAAAUCCUUGAGAAAUUGGGACACCGUAUCGAUAAAACUAGGAUGAAAUAAGUAACAUGCACCCAGCUGUUAAUUCUAUGUCUGCCAUGAUAACCAUGACCACAAUGUUUUCUGUAUCUCCAGGUUCUGACCCGGCACGUGUGGCCUUGCUGGUCAUCUUCCUCUUUGUCCUGCCGGUGGUUCUCCUCUUCCUCGCCCUGCGUUUCCCCCGCUGUCACCGCAACCUGCCCUGCCUGGGCACUGCCAGCCCCUUCCACAAGGGCACCGGACGGCAACAGAGCCGGUGAGAGCCCUGACCCAGGGGACACCAACUAUGUGUUCACAUAUUAGUUGCAAUAUUUAUAUAGUAUGUAUUAUGUUUGCGUAGUGCAGAAAACCGGUAUCUGUAUGGACAGAAUUUUGGCCAUAGUGUUUUUUUAAAAUAGCUAUAAUGGAAUGAAAGGGGCUAUAGCCAGUAUGUGCAAGUUGGAAUUGGACAUGCACAAGGUUUAUCUUGCACUUUAUCACUCAAUGGAGGUUAGAGUUAACUGUGUUUUUCCCUACCCAUGAUUCAAUGGGGUCAGUGUGGCCCAUAGUGAGAAUUGGGGCUUGGUGUUUGCCGCAGAACAGGAUAAAAGGUACUAAAUGUUAAGGGUACAAUAAAGCCAUGGAAUUAGUUUCCAGCUGCUCAGUUCUGGGCUGUGUCUUUACGACAAAUCGUUACUGAAGUGCAACGUUAAUACUUAGUGUUCCAUAUAACAUCCAAGAGGCUCUCUAGUUUGCAGUUUGCAAAAAUAUCUGUGAACUUUGGUCCAUAUUAAAAUUACUCACUAUAAUCUAAAGAGAGAGUGACUAUAUUUGAUUGAUCAGGUUUGGACACACCUACUCAUUCAAGGGUUUUUCUUAAUUUUUACUAUUCUCUACAUUGUAGAAUAUUAGUGAAGACAUCAAAACUAUGAAAUAACACAUAUGGAAUCAUGUACAGUCGUGGUCAAAAGUUUUGAGAAUGACACAAAUACUAAUUUUCACAAAGUCUGCUGCCUCACUUUUGAUGAUGGCAAUUUGCAUAUAGUCCAGAAUGUCAUGAAGAGUGAUCAGAUGAAUUGCAAUUAAUUGCAAAGUCCCUCUUUGCCAUGAAAAUGAACUUAAUCCCCCAAAAACAUUUCCACUGCAUUUCAGCCCUGCCACAAAAGGACCAGCUGCCCAUCAUGUCAGUGAUUCUUUCGUUAACACAGGUGAGAGUGUUGACGAGGACAAGGCUGGAGAUCACUCUGUCAUGCUGAUUGAGUUAGAACAACAGACUGGAAGCUUUAAAAGGAGGGUGGUGCUUGAAAUCAUUGUUCUUCCUCUGUUAACAAUGGGUACCUGCAAGGAAACACGUGCUGUCAUCAUUGCUUUGCACGAAAAAGGGCUUCACAGGCAAGGAUAUUGCUGCUAGAAAGAUUGCACCUAAAUCAACCAUUUAUCGGAUCAUCAAGAACUUCAAGGAGAGAGGUUCAAUUGUUGUGAAGAAGGCGUCAGGGCGCCCAAGAAAGUCCAGCAAGCGCCAGGACCGACUCCUAAAGUUGACUCAGCUGCGGGAUCGGGGCACCACCAGUGCAGAGCUUGCUCAGGAAUGGCAGCAGGCAGGUGUGAGUGCAUCUGCACGCACAGUGAGGUGAAGACUUUUGGAGGAAGGCCUGGUGUCAAGAAGGGCAGCAAAGAAGCCACUUCUCUCCAGGAAAAACAUCAGGGACAGACUGAUAUUCUACAAAAGUUACAGGGAUUGGACUGCUGAAGACUGGGGUAAAGUCAUUUUCUCUGAUGAAUCCCCUUUCCGAUUGUUUGGGGCAUCCGGAAAACACCUUGUCCAGUGAAGAGCGCUACCAUCAGUCCUGUGUCAUGCCAACAGUAAAGCAUCCUGAGACCUUUCAUGUGUGGGGUUGCUUCUCAGCCAAGGGAGUGGGCUCACUCACAAUUUUGCCUAAGAACACAGCCAUGAAUAAAGAAUGGUACCAACACAUCCUUCGAGAGCAACUUCUCCCAACCAUCCAAGAACAGUUUGGUGACGACCAAUGCCUUUUCCAGCAUGAUGGAGCACCUUGCCAUAAGGCAAAAGUGAUAACUAAGUGGCUCGGGGAACAAAACAUCGACAUUUUGGGUCCACGGCCCAGGAAACUCCCCAGACCUUAAUCCCACUGAGAACUUGUGGUCGAUCCUCAAGAGGCGGGUGGACAAACAAAACCCCACAAAUUCUGACAAGCAUUGAUUAUGCCAGAAUGAGCUGCCAUCAGUCAGGAUGUGGCCCAGAAGUUAAUUGACAGCAUGCCAGGGCGCAUUGCAGAGGUCUUGAAAAAGAAGGGUCAACACUGCAAAUAUUGACUCUUUGCAUAAACGUAAUGUAAUUGUCAAUAAAAGCCUUUGACACUUAUGGAAUGCUUGUAAUUAUACUUCAGUAUACCAUAGUAACAUCUGACAAAAAUAUCUCAUAACACUGAAGCAGCGAACUUUGUGAAGACCAAUACUUGUGUCAUUCUCAAAACUUUUGACCACGACUGUAGUAACCAAAAAAGUCUUAAACAAAUCAAAAUAUAUUUUAUAUUUGAGAUUCUUCAAAGUAGCCACCCUUUGCCUUGAUGACAGCUUUGCACACUUGAAUGAGUACGUGUGUCCAAACUUUUGACUGGUACUGUAUGUUUUGAGGAAACAGCUCAGAUACUAACGAUGCACUUUAAGAAGGAUAUAACGACGAAUUAAAGGGAAACUCACCCCAGUUUAGUUCCCCAUUUCUUGAAUGUUUUAUAUAGGACUCCUUUAGAGCCGGUUUCCCGUGUAGUAAUGCUUACUAUUCUGGAGAGUUUCAGUUCUAUAAGCUUAUUUUGAGCAUUACUUCUGUCAACCUCAUUUUUACUUAUACUGAACCACUACAAUGACCUCUGACUCUUCAGAACCAGAACUGAUUAUUCCCCUAGGCUGUAAUAAAAUGUAUAUUAACCUGUGUAUUGUAAUCAUACACCCAUUAUUUGAGGGCUGGACCAAUGUUAUAGAGAAACGUCAUAUUCUUAACUCUUAUGACAUUGCCCAGCACCUCCAUUAUUGAAAUUGUGGUAUGAACUUUAUGUUAAUGUAUGCGUGUGCUGUCUCCCAGGACCCCGGCCACAGAGCGAGUGGAUGCUCGUAACGGGGAACAGGUCCAACCUCUGAGGUACCACUGGAGCUGCCAGAGUGACAUCCAAAUGACCCCGUCUCCACCUUCUAACAAGGUACCACGAUGACCCACCCUGGCCUUC